GCUUGAUGUUCGGUUUGAUCCUCAGCUGAACUCCGGGGGUCCGGAACUUUGGGCGUAAUCGAUCCGCUUCCAGGGGACUUUACAUCGAACCGACACUGGUUCCUGGUUCUGUUCGGUUCUGUCAGGGAUAUUUUUUAUCAUCAUUGACCCAGAGCGGAGCACCCGGCGGACAGGGUCCAUGCCGGACCCGAACUUGGAGCCGAUCCGGGAUUCAGGUUCUGCGGCUGACCCGGAACCAGCCGGUGGGACUGUAGGGCUCUGUGAGGAGGAUGAAACUCCUCCGCUCGCGGCCUCUUCUUCGUUGGUGUCUGCUUCUCCUGGGAGUCGGGUCGCUGCUGCUUCUGGUCCUCCUGCAACAUCUCACUGACUCCGUGCAGCAACAGAACCCAGGUGUUCCUGUCCUGGAGGCUCCGACGUGGCCUGAACGGAAGGUUCCGUCCUUCCCGCCUUUCCUCCAUCUUUGUUCAGACCCGUUGCUGGGCAACAAGCAGCCAGUCACUAAGCGCCACAGGAAGCUGCUACUGAAGGGCGCCCCCUCUGGAGGUUCUACGGCACUGAGGACGCAGCGGUCUCGGCACCGCCAGCUGAACGACGUCUGCUCUAUGUACCAGCCGGUCCGCCGGAAGCAGCGGGUCAGGCUGCAGCAGGUGUCCCGGCUUUACGUGGAGGACCGGUUCCAGCUGCUGUACUGUGAGGUUCCGAAAGCUGGCUGCUCCAACUGGAAACGGGUCCUGAUGGUUCUGGCAGGCAGAGCCCGGUCCACUCAGGAUAUUCCUCAUGAUGCAGCUCAUUACAGCAAUCAGCUGCGGCGGCUGGACAGCUACGAUCGGGCCGGUAUCGCCGAGAGACUCCAAACCUACACCAAGGUCCUGUUCGUCAGGGAGCCCUUUGAGCGGCUCGUCUCGGCUUUCCGGGACAAGUUUGAAAGUCCGAACUCCUACUACCAUCCCGUGUUUGGACGGGCCAUUAUUUCCAGGUACCGGGCCAACGCCACAGGGUCGGGUCUGAAAACUGGCGCCGGCGUCACUUUCAGGGAGUUCGUUCAGUACCUGCUGGACGCGCAGCGACCCGUUGGGAUGGACAUACACUGGGAGCGGGUCGGCCAGCUCUGCAGCCCGUGUCUGAUCCACUACGACUUCAUUGGGAAGAUCGAGAGCCUGCAGGAGGACGCCGACUUCCUGCUGCGCGGCAUCGGCGCUCCGGGAAACCUCACCUUCCCGGACUUCAAGGACAGGAACCCGCGGGAGAAGCGGACCUCGUCCAGAAUCACGCAGGAUUAUUUCUCCCAGCUGAACGGCACGGAGAGGCAGAAGGUGUUUGACUUUUACUACAAGGACUACCUGAUGUUCAGCUACCCCAAACCCUUCCCUGACCUGCACUGACUUAAAGGGGCCGUAUCAUGUAAAAUCAACUUUUUUUUUUUAGCUUUACAUAAUUUUAUAUUAUUCCCGAAUCAAAAAUAUACAU